AUGGGAAGAGCGCCGUGCUGCGACAAUGCCAACGUCAAGAAAGGCCCCUGGUCGCCGGAGGAGGACGCCAAGCUCAUUUCCUACAUCCACCAACACGGCACCGGCGGUAACUGGAUCGCCCUCCCCCACAAGAUCGGCCUGAAACGUUGCGGCAAGAGCUGCCGCCUCCGAUGGCUCAACUACCUCCGCCCCGACAUCAAGCACGGCGCCUUCUCCGACGAGGAAGACCGAAUCAUUCUCGACUUGUACAUGGCCAUCGGUAGCAGGUGGUCUAUAAUUGCCUCCCAAUUGCCCGGUCGGACCGACAACAACGUCAAGAACUACUGGAACACCCGGCUCAAGAAGAAGCUCUUCGGCAAGACGCCAAGAGAGCCCGCCGGUGCUGGCCGCGGCCGGAGCAAAGAAGCUAAUAUUAAGGCUGCUGACGGGGAUGAGGCUUCUAAUUCCGUUAUUGCAGUUUAUCCCAGCUGCAGCGACUGGACGCAGACGCAACCGGGUAAUCCACUGUCGUUGUCGACCCAGAUUGGACCGGGUCCAUCUACGAUUUCCCAGCAACAAUUGUUUGAUGAACCGGCCGGAAUUGGCUCGUCCGGUUCUGGUUCCUCGCAGGAAAAUUUAAAUUUGCACGGUGGUGACUUCUCGUCGACCGAGCUCGAUGAGAUUCUGAUCCGGUUCGGCCAGGGAAUAGAUGGCCCGUACGACGUCAAGAGCAGCGUAACUAGUAAUCUUAAUCAGAUGGAGAACUUGAACUGGAUCGACGAUCUGGAUGUGUCUUGGCUUGUUAUUGAUUAG